AUGAAGGGUCCGUUAGAUCGAACGAAAGUCGUGAUACGGCACUUGCCGCCUACGAUUUCGCAGUCAAUGCUCAUGGAACAAGUGGAUACCCGCUUCGCCGGUCGCUACAACUGGGUCUCAUUUCGUCCCGGCAAGAACAGUCAGAAGCGCCAAUUCCAUUCUAUAGCAUGCAUCAACUUUAAGAGGCCAGAGGACGUCAUUGAGUUUGCCGAAUUCUUUGAUGGACAUGUUUUUGUCAACGAGAAGGGCACUCAAUUUAGAGCUAUGGUUGAGUAUGCUCCUUCACAGUGUGUUUCAAAACAAUGGUCUAAAAAGGAUGGACGUGAAGGGACCAUAUUUAAAGAUCCUGAGUAUCUGGAGUUCCUUGAAUUUAUUGCGAAGCCCAUUGAGAAUCUUCCCAGUGCAGAAAUACAGCUGGAGAGAAAGGAAGCAGAGCGAGUUGGUACUGUGAAAGAUGCUCCGGUAAUUACUCCUUUAAUGGAUUACAUUCGUCAGAAACGAGCUGCUAAGGGUGGAACACGGAGAUCUUUGACUAAUGGGAGACAGACCAGAAGGGCUAGUGGAGCAUCAACUGGAUUUCCUAGUUCUGCUUCAUCAAAACGAGGCUCUGAAAGGAGAAGGGUUUCUGCAGCCAUGUAUGUUUUAAGAGACACUGCAAAGAGUACCAGUGGCCAGGACAAAUCAACUUAUGUUCUGGUUUCUAAACGAGAUGAUCAGCAGCUUUCUGACAAGUCUGUUCCUACAAUUGCUGCAUCUGGAGCUGAAAUGUUGGAGGAGGAAAGUGACCUGCUAUGGACAAUUGUUUCGUUUGAGAAGAUGAGUGGCUUCACAGGCCUUGGGCAGAGUGGUAUUGGGCUGAAUCUUUUCGAAGGGUUUUAUAGCUUGCUUGAGCUGAUUGAUUAG